AUACAGCACUCCACGAUAUGGCCGCUUUACAAAAUCUCACUCUUUCAGAAAAUUCUGACUUGAGAGGUGUGCGAAUGGCAUUAUUCUUAAGUGCCUACAUCUCAGAGCUAGACGCCAUAUUGAAAAUUACCCAAAAAGCCCUGAGGGCGGGGUUACACAAGAGCAUUUUUGCCUCAAAAAGUUGCAAGCAUGGCUAGAAACAAAGGCGAAGAACUUAUCAAGAAAUUAAACUUAGAGCCGCAUCCUUAUGGUGGCUAUUACAGGCCUUUGCAUCGAUCUGUAGAAUGCGUGGCACCCGCAGAUGGAAGAGGUCCUAGGUCAGCCACAACCUCGAUUUAUCUGGUAAUGCAACACGGGGACAUAGACCCGUGGCAUAGAAUGAAAUCAGAAGAGACCUUCUUCUAUCAUAAGGGGUGCUCUCUACGGCUGUACAUCCUUACAGAUGACGGCAAACUCGAUUCGCGUGUCGUGGGGGAUGGGAUGUCGUACGAAGAUGCGUCUUUUGCUGUUGUUAUCCCGGCGAAUACAUGGUUUGCAGGGGAACUUGCUCACGAAGACGCCGACUCGUAUGGCUUCUUCUCAGUCUCUGUUAGCCCUGGCUUUGAUUUUUCUGACUCAGAAAUCGGUAAAAGUGAUAUGCUAUGUGAAUUGUAUCCAAUUCACUCUGAGAUCCUAAAGCGGUUAGAGCUUAAACCGCAGCCGGAAAGUCAAGAUAAAGAUGAAAGUGCAGAAUGAAGACGGUAAUUUAUCGAACAAUUAUCAUAACAUUUUACACCUAAUAAGAAUAGAGAAAUGGAAUUAAAUCGUAAAUAAUAUCGUCGCCUUCUGAGAAAGAGCUAAGUUCUUUUAAACAAUACUGUAUAUGGUGAAACCUAGGAAAUAAUAAUUAUCUGACUAACCAAAUAGUGUAAAGCCUGGUUUCCAUAAAGUGGUAAAGAGGGUCGUAACAGUCGUCUAGGAUUUGCCCCCCCUACCACCCCCAACCCCCGCAUAGAACAACUACUCGUGUAGGUUAGGCAAAGUAAAAUUAUAACUUGUUUAUCGUCCUGAUAAGGUCAAAAUAGGGAGCAUGAGGCCCUUUUAUUUAUUAUUUUUUAUUUAUUUUUCUCCUUGGUUUAUCAAAGAUUUGUACAAUUCACAAAGGAAAUUCCCCUGAUGUUGCGAACAGGUAAAAAAUAGUUAGAAAAAACCUAAGAACGGGAACGUCUGCCUUUAUUUCAAUGUCCAGGCAUUGCUAACACACAAAAUUUGAACUUCUGAGGAACAAACAAUCAAAAAAGCAUCAGAAAUAAUUAAAUAAAAAAUAAUAACAAUUUUGAUGCGCCCUCGAAAAAUGAUGCGGGCGGGGACAAUAAACAUCUUUUUUUUACUUGGCCUCUGGGUAAAGAUCUCUUGUUUAUGGGCAGAAUGCUGAAGGAGUAGCCCCAUUGACUGCCAGGUGAUAGAUAAUAUUUUUUUGCAGACGAUCGGCAUGACCCUUACGACUGUUACGACUAUAUGGAACAUGAUCCAGGUUGUUUUAUCCCUUUUGAGCAUUCUGUUUUGGUGGUCCUAUCAAGUAAAAACAUCAUUUCUACAGAAAUCAGAAACAAAUGAGAAACUGAUUGUCAAAUAACCAAAAAACUCACUGUGUAAAGUAAAAUAAAUAAAAAUGCAACACUUCUA